GUGAGGAGCACACUUCCUCUAAGGAACCAGCUUCUAACACUGGAAUAUUCACCACCUUUACCCCAGCAGAAGGAAUCACAGUUAUACUGCUUCUACACUGAACACAGAGAUGGAGAUGAGAAGCUUCACAAUAAUUCUGCUGGUACUAUGCUCCUAUCAUAAGUGUGUGGUGGUUGGAAGCCCAGAGAAGGAGCAUCUGAAUCACAAAGGGGAGCACAAGCUGACGAGGAACAGGAUCGCUACUACACAGUACCAGUGCUUCCAACGCAUGUUAAAGCAGGCACAGCGCAGAAACAAACCAGCAGGUCCAGUGUGUAACAUGACCUGGGAUGCGUGGCUGUGCUGGGAGGAGACCAAGGCAGGAGAGACAGCGGAGCAGAACUGUCCGGACUACUACGGGGACUUUGAUACCAGUGCCAUAGCCACCAAAGUGUGCUCGGAGACUGGCCAGUGGUGGCGCCAUCCUGAGAGUAAUCGCACCUGGACCAACUUCACCAGCUGCCAAGCCAACACAACACACAUGGAGGGCCACGCCAACCUCCAGUCAACGAUGACACACUUCUAUUUGGUGAUGAUCGGACACGGCCUCUCGCUCAUAUCCCUGCUCAUAUCUCUGGCAAUAUUCUUCCAUUUCAAGAGUUUGAGCUGUCAGAGGAUAACGUUACACAAAAACCUGUUCAUUUCCUGUGUUCUAAACUCUAUUAUCACUGUGGUCCUGCUCACCACUGUAGCCAAGAAAGAGGGACACUACAGCGAUUCGGUGAGUUGUAAACUGCUUAUGUUUAUUCACCUGUACCUGCUGAGCUGUAACUACUUCUGGAUGUUGUGUGAGGGCAUCUACCUGCACACUCUCAUCGUGGUGGCCGUGUUCGCAGAGAAGCAGCACCUGGUCUGGUACUACCUCCUGGGCUGGGGAUUCCCUCUCAUCCCCGCAGUCAUCCACUCUAUAGCACGGCGAUGCUACUACAACGACAAAUGCUGGGUCAGCGCACACACAUCAUUACUGUAUAUUAUCCACGGGCCCAUCUGUGCAGCUCUGGUGGUGAACUUGUUCUUCCUGCUGAACAUCGUGCGGGUGCUGAUCACAAAGCUGCGGGUGACCCACCAGGCUGAGUCCAGCCUGUACAUGAGGGCAGUGAGAGCCACCCUGAUCCUCAUCCCUCUGCUGGGCAUCCAGUAUGUGCUGUUGGCCUACAAGCCCCAGGAGCAUCAUGUGGCUGAAGUCUACCUCUACAUCAUGGAUGUCCUCAUGCACUACCAGGGUCUACUAGUCUCCACAAUAUUCUGUUUCUUCAAUGGAGAGGUCCAGAACGUUCUGCGGAGACACUGGAACCAACAGAGGAUGCAGUUAGCCGGCACUUUUGCCAACGCGGACUUCUUUAGAUCUGCCUCAUACGUGGCCUCCUCCCUGACCGAGGUGCACCGUUGUUAUAGCAUCGAUAGCCACACAGAGACCAUCAACGGGAAGAGCUACUCGGACAUCUUCAGGUCCGACAGCCCCUUUGUGUGAGGGAGAACCAAGGAGAACCUUCAAGACUUCACAGAAAAACUGUGAUAUCUAUGGACGCUUCACCAGACGUUUUUGGAAUUCAUUCAUAAGGAGUACUGUGGCAUUGGUGUGUACAAUUUACAAACUAAAUGGACUUGGAUUUAUAAUAUAAAUCUUGAUUUGAGUAGUUUUAGAUACAGUUUAUUUAUUGAU